AUGGCACUAGACGAAGAGUGCCUCGAAGAUCCUCAGCUCCAACCCCAAGUACGAGGCAUUGCCCCGCUACUCAACAUUAGCCAAGAGGGCAAACUGCAGCGAGACAUCAGUGACAUCGUCGAAGAGCUGGACAUGAUGAUCCACGUUAUCAUGAAGCAGAGGGAUAUUAUAAAGAGCUGGAGAGAGAAGGACGAGCUCAUCUGGUUCCGCAAACAGGCUUAUUAUUUGAUCUCGGGUGUCGGGGACAGAAUCGCUGAGUUUGAGGGGUCGCGCAAGAGCGCCGAAAGUACUUCUCAUGGGAUCACAGUUCUUCUGGACCUCAAACAACAGCAGGCUAGUAUCCUGCAGGCGUGGCGGUCAGCACGACAGGCGGACGAAAGUGUUCGUCAGGGGCGAUCCAUCAUGACUUUUGCAAUUGUCACCAUCAUCGUUCUCCCCGUAUCCUUUAUCUUGAGCGUCUUUGGUAUGAACCAUAAAGACAUUGGUGAUACAAAUAUGACUUUUGGUGAUACUAAUAUGACUUUUGGUGACCAGGUAGUCUACAUGUUAUAUUGA